AUGGGCACUGAUAGGCAGCACUGAUGGGCACUGAUAGGCAGCACUGAAGGGCACUGAUAAGUUGCACUGAUAGGCAGCACUAAUGAGGGGUGGACUGACAACUCAUGGGGCCCCCGGCAAUAGGGGAUCAUGGGGCCCCUGUGUCCUUGCCCAAAAUCAAAAAAGCUUAUGAAAAAGGUACCAGGGCAUCUCAUGGGGCCCCCUACUGACCCCGGGCCCUCGAGCAGUGCCCGAGUUUCCAAAUGGUUAGUCCGCCCC